CUUGCCAAAGCUGUGGGCACCACGAGACGCGCUGCGCGCUGGAGUGCUGGCAUCGUUACUUAUAGCUCUCAUAGCUACGCAGCGACAGCUUCGUUUCGUAGAAACGGCUGGCGACGUCGCGGCGUCGUGAAACAGCACGUGACCAGAGAGCGGCGGAGGUCAGGAGAGUUUCAGGCGCCGACGCGAACAUAUAAAAAAAAAACACCAUGGCCCUGCGCCAAAGCAACGGCGCGCCCUCCGUCGAGCAGCAACCUAGAUACUUGGCCGAGGCCUCGCGCCGCGUGCAAGAGCAGGGCUUCUACGCGAAGAAGGCGUGUGGCGCGCGAGACUUACCUGGCGCAUUAAGGCAUUCGUCCGACAUGCUUCGAGAACUACGAACUUCUCUACUCACACCGAGGAACUACUACGAGCUCUACAUGAAAGUGUGCGACGAACUACGACACCUCGACCAGUUCUUCCAGCAGUUAGUAGCGGACGGGACACCCGCGGCCGAUAUCUACGAGCGCGCCCAGGCCUGCGGCGACGUGUUACCGAGAUUGUACCUACUCAUCACGGCAGGAGCGGUAUACGUGAAAACCAUGCAAGCGCCGGCUAGGGACAUACUCCACGACUUAGUGGAGAUGGCCAAGGGCGUGCAGCACCCCAUGCGCGGGCUGUUCCUGAGGCAUUAUCUCGCGCAAGCUUGUAAGGACGCCCUACCGGAUACGGGUUCGAAAUUUGAAGGAGACGGCGGGGAUGUUAGUCAUGCGGUCGACUUUAUUUUGCGCAACUUCGGCGAGACUAAUAGGUUGUGGGUGAGGAUGCAGAACCAGGGCCCCGCGUCUCAGAAGAAGAGGAGGGAGGAAGAGCGCAAACAGCUCAAGAUAUUGGUCGGGACGAAUCUAGUACGAUUAAGUCAGCUAGAAGGUGUUGAUGAGAGUAGAUACGCCUCCGAUGUGUUACCACCACUGUUAGAACAAGUCGUGAACUGCCGGGACGCCAUCGCGCAGCCUUAUCUGUUGGAUUGCAUCAUUAACGUUUUUCCGGACGAGUUCCACCUCGCGACACUCGAUAGUUUUUUGACGUGCUGCACGCAAUUGAGAGAUAAGGUCUGCGUCCGAUCCAUACUGGAGGCGAUGAUGCGUAGAUUAGCUAAUGGUGCUCGGCAAGAGGAUAGUGAGGUGCUCGGGCCGCCCGGGGCGUUCGACGCCUUUGACGCGUGUGCGUCUCGCUUAGUAGAGGAGAAGAAGGAGGCUCUGAAAGUAGCGGAUUUGAUCCAACUGCGAGCGGCUCUCCUAGAGUUCGCCGUCGAGUGCUAUCCCGGCGAGCUCGAGUACGUCCAAAGGUGCCUAGCUCAGACGUCGGCCGCUAUUAUGAAUGAUGUCGUUGGCGACGACGCCAUGGAGUUGGAAACGUUGCUGUUGGCACCGGUCUCGUCACAACAGAUGACCCUCGCGUCUUUACUGACAUUAGAUGAUAUUGCGCCGUUGACGAGGCGAUUACCUAUUGAACAAAGGAAGAAUGUUGCCAGGAGGUGUUUGCGUCGAGUGUUGGAUGGUGACGACGCGUUGGACUCACCAGAAGCCGUCGUCAAGCUCUGCGCGAUCCUCGAACCUUUAUUAUGUGGCGACGACUCUAGUAUGAAUGACGAAGCCCUGGAGAAGGAGCAAACUUCUGUAGCAUCGUUAGCUCAUCUGUGUCGUUCAGAAUCGACGGAUGAUGUGUUCCGGGUGCUGGGCACGCUGAGGAGAGCAUUGGGCAAGGGCGGGUCGCGAAGGACAGCUUAUACACUACCAGCAUUAGCGUACCGAGGUUUAGAAUUAGCAAGGGUGGCGAACGGGCCCGAGUUUUCGGCAAGGAAGGUCUUCCAGUUCGUCCACGAGACGGCGACGGCGCUGGCUGGCGUGGCGCCCGCUCGCGCUCUACGUGUUUUCUUAGCAGCAGCCUUGGAGGCCGACGCCCAAUGCCUAGGCGCGAUCUCUUAUGAAUUUGUCUCCCAAGCGUUCAUCUUGUACGAGGACGAGUUGCCAGACUCCAAAGCGCAAGUCAAAGCCUUAAGGAGCAUGGUCGGGACGCUCCUCGCGGCGGAGAACUGCGACGCCGCGGACUACGACGCCUUAGCUGCGAAAGCUACUCAAUACGCGGCGAAGCUGUUUCGGAAGCCGGACCAGUGUCGGAUGGUCGCGGCGUGCUCGCAUCUGUUCUGGCCUCCACAACGCGUCGAGGCGGUCGAGGCGCCGCCGCCCGCCCCUGCCGCUGAGGACGACGACGCGGCGACGGUCGAGGACGCGCCGCCGCCGCCGCCCGCGCCGAAAAAGGAGGGCCGCAAGCGCGACCCCAAGCGCGUCCUCGAGUGCCUCCAGCGGUCCCUCAAGACGGCCGACGCCUGCAUGACGAGCGCGCAGCCGCCCAUUUCUUUGUUCGUCGAGAUCCUGGACCACUACCUGGCUCACUUAGAAGCGGGAAAUCCAUUGAUCACGCCCAAGUACAUCGCGGGCCUCGUGGCGCUGAUCACGGAGCACGUCGAGACGAUGGAGGCCGGCGAGGCGCGGGAAGCCGUCGAGCGGCACUACGCGAACACGCGCGCGCUCAUCAAGGCGCGGGGGGUCAUCGAGCUGGACUAAGGGUUGGUAC